AUGGGGGACUGGAACCUGUUAGGCAGCAUUUUGGAGGAGGUCCACAUCCACUCCACCAUCGUGGGGAAGAUCUGGCUCACCAUCCUCUUCAUUUUCCGGAUGCUGGUGCUGGGCGUUGCGGCGGAGGACGUGUGGGAUGACGAGCAGAGCGAGUUCGUGUGCAACACAGAGCAGCCCGGCUGCAAAAACGUGUGCUACGACCAGGCCUUCCCCAUCUCCCUCAUCCGCUACUGGGUCCUGCAGAUCAUCUUCGUGUCCUCCCCUUCUCUCGUCUACAUGGGCCACGCUCUGUACCGACUGAGGACCCUGGACAAAGAGAGACAUAAGAAGAAGGCCUGCCUGAAGGCGGAGCUGGAGGGGACGGACCCCGUCCAGGAGGACCACAGGAGAAUCGAGCGGGAGCUCCGGAAACUGGACGAACAGAAGAAAGUCCGGAAAGCUCCGCUCAGAGGCUCUCUGCUGCGCACGUACGUGUUCCAUAUCUUGACCCGGUCUGUGGUGGAGGUGGGUUUUAUCAUCGGUCAGUGUGCUCUCUACGGCAUCGGCCUGUCUCCUCUCUACAAGUGUGAAAGGCUGCCUUGUCCCAAUAGCGUCGAUUGUUUCGUGUCAAGACCCACAGAGAAGAACAUCUUCAUGGUGUUCAUGCUCGUUAUUGCCGGAGUCUCUUUGGUCCUCAACCUCCUGGAGAUUUUCCACCUGGGCGUGAAGAAGAUCAAACAAAGCCUGUAUGGAUACAAAUAUGGAGAUGAGGACAGUGUGUGCAGGUCCAAGAAAAACUCCAUGGUGCAGCAGGUGUGUGUGCUGACUAACUCCUCCCCCCAGAGGCUGCUGGCCUGCUCUGUGGUGUCUGAGGCCUGUCACAUGCCUCCCUCGGCCUCUCAGAACCAGGAGGGCUCGGGCCUGGACCAGAGGAAGCCCUCCUGCAGCAGCGAGGACUCCGCCCCCCCCCACGGCUCCGGCCGGCCCCCCUACGCAGGGCCCCGGGCCACGCUGACGGCCGGACACAUGGAGAUCCCGGCCGCCCUGAGGAACCCCCAGAGGAAGCAGAGCAAGGUGAGCAUCUACAAGGAGCUGAGCGACAUGAGCGACUCCCCGGAGAGCGAGCUCUACCCCACCGCCAGGAAGUGCAGCUUCAUGUCCAGAGGCCUGUCCGAGGCCCAGCUGGCCAGCCCGUCGGACAGCGGGGCUUCUCAGAGCGGAACCGACACCGAGGCCCAGCUCCUCAACCAGGGGGAGAGCCCCGUCAUGACCCCACCCCCCCCAGCCGGGGGCAGGAGGAUGUCCAUGAGCAUGAUUCUGGAGUUGUCUUCAAUCAUGAAAAAGUGAACUUUAACUGCAUCUUUGGGACACUUCCAGAGACAAAUCUCCUCCCAUCUGUGUGUUCAUCUGCCGGGACACGAGCCUCUCUACAGUCAAAUCCACAUCCCCGAUACAGAAUACUCUCCUCUAGACUAACAUCUACUGCUUUUAACGAUUGCGGGUUUUAGAUCAAUAAAGAUAACUGUGAAUGAUAAAUGUACAUGUGUCAAAGCAGAUGUGAUCAUAGGAUAAGAUUAAAAGAACUUGAAGCCUUUUGAAAAGCCAAACAGGACAGAAGACUGUAAGACCUGAUUGUAGACUUGACAGGAAAAGAUGACCGAAUUCUUUACACUAGUAUAAUUUUCUGAUUGUAUACAAACACCAAUUCCACUUCAGUCGGAACAUUUUGCAAUACUUUAAUAAAAAAAGAACACAUUACUUACAGAUCCAUC